AUGGAAGCUAAGAGUGACGUCACCCCCGCUGAGCGUAGAGAAGGCCACAGUGAGAGGCCAUGUAUGAGGAACAGACAGAAUGCUGAGAACCCAUCUGAUGUGGUCACCAUUGGUGAACAGGAAGGCGGAACCCAAGCCAGUGUUAAAAACGACCCAGAUUGGAAUAACGAUGAAGACUUCACUGGUCCUACCACUCCACCCCAGCUUGAUAUUGAAUCUGUUCAGAUUAAAGAAGAGACGCCAUCGUCCGAUGAAGACAUUAUGACUUUUACGGUUCCCGAUUGUCCCCUUCCUCAAUGUCUGCAGGAAUGUGCUACCAGCCAGGCUUCACAAGGAAGCUUCGAUUGCUCGGAAUGUAGCCAACACUUUUCAAGUGAGGAGGAUCUUCCAACUCAUCAGGAGAGCCACCAAGGAGCAGGUGUGGAUAACGUGGAGCCACCUUUAGAUAGCUCUGGUCCACAUGGCCAACGGAAGCCUUCAGAGCUCUUUAUAUGCACUUACUUGAACUGCCAGAGACACUUUAUAAAUAAGGCGGGUCUGAAAACUCACCAGAAGAGUCACGAAAAAGCCAAUGUGCACCUAAAUCCGGCCUCAGACACUUCUUGUCUGAAGGAUCAACAGAAGCUAGCAAACCUUUUUAUAUGUUCUUAUUCCGAAUGCCAGAAACUCUUUGUGAACAAAGAUGAUCUGCUGACUCAUCAGGAGAGUCACCAAGGACAAAAUGUACGUUUAGAGUCGCCAGUAGAUGGGUCUGGUUUACCCGUCCAGAAGACUUCAUCGAAACUCUUCAUAUGUUCGCACUGUGGGAAGUCGUACAACCAUAUAUCGCUCUACAAAGUCCACAUGAGGGUCCACACGGGGGACAAACCUUUUUCCUGUAGUGACUGCGGCAAAUGCUUCACCCGCAAGUCAGAGCUGAUCGCUCACCAGAGGAUUCAUACUGGGGAGAAGCCCUAUGCUUGCUCAGUGUGCAGCAAGAGGUUCACAAACCAGUCCGGCGUGAUUGCACACGAGAGGAUUCACACAGGCGAGAAACCCUUUGCCUGCACCGAAUGCGGGAAAAGUUUUACUGACCGGUCCGGGCUCUAUACGCACAAGCGAGUCCACACCGGUGAGCGCCCCUUUGAAUGUUCCGAUUGCGGGAAACGCUUUCAGACUCGAUCGCUCUUGAUCACACACCAGCGAACUCAUACCGGGGAGACUCCGUUCCCUUGCCUCGAAUGUGGGAAAAGCUUCGCAAGAAGUUCUGUCCUUUCCGCACACCAGAGGACGCACACGCAGGAUAAGCCACACGUCUGUAAAGAGUGCGGGAAGAGGUUCGCCAGCAACACCAAUCUGGAGACCCACCAAAGGAUACACUCUGGUGAGAAGCCAUUUGUUUGCCUCGAGUGCGGCAAAUGCUUUUCAGACCGUUCAUGCUUCUCCGUGCAUAAGCGGGUUCACACUGGCAUCCAGCCCUAUACCUGCGUCCAGUGUGGGAAGAGUUUCCCUAGUCGCUCUCACCUCAUCCGGCAUGAGCGCAUUCACACAGGAGAGAAACCAUUUUCGUGCCCUGUGUGCUCAAAGAGCUUCAACUGUAAAACGAGUUUGGUGGGCCACCAACUCAUCCAUACGGGAGAGAAACCAUUCUCCUGCCCGGAAUGUGGCAAGUGUUUCCGUGGCCGGUCAGCUGUCAUCACUCAUAGGAGAAUUCACACGGGUGAAAAACCAUUUUCCUGUUCAGAGUGUGGGAAGUGUUUCUCCGACCAGUCGGGUCUUAUCACACAUCGGAAGAUUCAUCGUGGCAAUAAGCAAUACGAGUGCCCGGACUGCGGAAAAUGCUUUGUGCUGAAGCACUACCUGACCCGACAUUUGACCACUCAUGUGGUUAAAGUGACAAUUACCUAG